GGGAAGGGUAAGACUGUUAAAAAUUGAUUACCGCCAUGUACGAUUGAAACUGUCUUCCCUCCUUGAAAAUCCGGUGCGAAUCAGAAAAAUAUCUUAUUAAAGUUCAACGUCGCAGCCUCUUAAAGUCCAAAACAAACCAAUCAGUCCAGCCGGACAAGCUUCCUUGGUUUUUACGGUUUUACCAAUUGCUUCUCUCUCCUGCUCUCUCUCUAAUUCCUUUGUCGUUUUCUUCACAACCCAUCCAAUAAGAAGAAGGGAGGGUCUCAAGAUAGAAUUCCUCUCAUCCCCUCAUCUCUUGGCUCUUUUCUUCAACCUGAGAUAUGAAGGGCAUGGCGAGUGCCCUGCUCUUUUUGGCUACUGUUUUGUUACUUAUCUCCACGUUUCACCCAAAGGUGAUUGCUGUGGAAGAACUUUCCAAGGUCAAGCUUAACUCUCGAAUCCUUCAGGAUUCAAUUGUAAAACAAGUAAAUGAAAACCCCAAGGCUGGAUGGGAAGCUGACCUUAAUCCUCGAUUUUCUAAUUACUCUGUUGGCGAGUUUAAGCACCUUCUUGGAGUCAAACCAACACCCCAGACGGAACUUCUGGGCAUUCCUGUUAUAACUUAUGACAAAUCCUUAAAGUUGCCAGCUAAUUUUGAUGCUAGAACAGCUUGGCCACAAUGUAGCACGAUUGGAAGAAUUCUUGAUCAGGGUCACUGUGGUUCUUGCUGGGCUUUUGGUGCUGUUGAAUCACUCUCUGAUCGGUUCUGUAUCCAUUUUGGCAUGAAUAUAUCUUUGUCUGUUAAUGAUCUUCUUGCCUGCUGUGGCUUUUUAUGUGGAAGUGGUUGUGAUGGGGGGUACCCAAUCUCUGCGUGGCGAUACUUUAAGCGCCGUGGUGUUGUCACUGAGGAGUGUGAUCCAUACUUUGAUGAUAUUGGUUGUUCUCACCCUGGUUGUGAGCCUGGGUAUCCUACUCCCAAAUGUGUGAAAAAGUGUGUUAAGGGAAACCAGCUUUGGAGGCAGUCCAAGCACUAUAGUGUCAGCACAUAUAGAAUCAAUUCAGAUCCAGCUGAUAUCAUGGCCGAAGUUUAUAAGAAUGGACCUGUUGAAGUCUCCUUUACUGUUUAUGAGGAUUUUGCUCACUACAAGUCAGGAGUUUACAAAUAUGUGACAGGCGGUGUUAUGGGAGGCCAUGCAGUUAAGCUUAUUGGGUGGGGAACUUCUGAUGAUGGGGAGGAUUACUGGCUUCUUGCAAACCAGUGGAAUAGAGGCUGGGGUGAUGAUGGUUACUUCAAGAUCAGAAGGGGCACAGAUGAGUGUGGCAUUGAAUCUGAUGUGGUAGCUGGCUUGCCUUCCACCAAAAAUCUUGUUAGAGAGGUUGCUGAUAUGGGCACUCUCGAAGAUGCUUCAUUUUGAGAGUAAUUCAUCUAGACAGGCCUACUAUUAUUUAUGUAUCAGUUGGGAGUUGCAAUCAUAAUCUAUCUGUGCGUAAGCUGCUAUUGAUGUUUCCAUGUUGAUUUUCAAAUAUUAUGCUUCAUCCUGCAAGAAUUUCAUCCUGUAUGUGUUCUGCUUCAUCAUAUAUAUAAUGUUCCCACAUGAAUUCUAAUAAACUACCACUGUAAUUUGGCCUGGUAGUUAUCA